AUGGAGGAUACUUUGCAUGUUCUGUUUGGAUGUGAUGUUACUAACCGGUGUUGGAGAAUAGCCGGCCUUUCGAACGUUAUUGAUCCUCGGAUAGCUACUUUUGAUGAUGCUUCAUCUUUGAUUCUAGAUAUAUUUAGCCAAGAGGAUAGUAUGACGGCGGGGAGGGUUGCGGUAAUGAUCGAGGUGCUAUGGAGAAAUAUGAAUAAUAUGAUUUGGAAUAAUGAGAGUGAGAAUUAUUCCAAACUUGGGUUGCAUGCUUUAGCUAGUUGGCAGGAAUGGCACAUGGCUCAAGAGAGUGAUCAUCGGGUUCAUGUUCAGGUGACUAAUACAUCUUGGAUACCACCUCCGAUCGGAAUGGUUAAAUGUAAUGUGGAUACGGGUUUUAACACUAUCCGUGGGACCUCGAAUCGGGGCUGGUGUGUGAGGAAUAGUCUGGGCUCGUUUGUGAUUGCAGGUGCGGCGUGGGACUUUGGUAUCUCUCCAAUUCUUGAUAUGGAAGCUUCGGUGCUCAAGGAGGCUAUGCUUAGUGCUAUUGAUUUGGGAUUGGAUCAUGUUAUCUUCGAGAGUGAUUCCCAAAACGUGACUAAUGUUAUCCGUUCCAACCACAAUGGUAUUUCUGAGUUUAGUUUCAUUAUCUCUUCUAUUAAGUCUUUGUUGCUCUCUUUUCCUAACUUUAAGGUAAAGUUUGUAAUACGUCAAGCGCAUUCGGUUGCUCAUACGUUAGCAAAAGCGGCCGAUUCUUGA